AGAGUACUCCCUCUUCCUCUAGGACAGACCUGAGAUGUAGACAUCAGACACAGAGUACUCCCUCUUCCUCUAGGACAGACCUGAGGUCAUCAGACACAGAGUACUCCCUCUUCCUCUAGGACAGACCUGAGGUGAAGACAUCAGACACAGAGUACUCCCUCUUCCUCUAGGACAGACCUGAGGUGUAGACAUCAGACACAGAGUACUCCCUCUUCCUCUAGGACAGACCUGAGGUGGAGACAUCAGACACAGAGUACUCCCUCUUCCUCUAGGACAGACCUGAGGUGAAGACAUCAGACACAGAGUACUCCCUCUUCCUCUAGGACAGACCUGAGGUGUAGACAUCAGACACAGAGUACUCCCUCUUCCUCUAGGACAGACCUGAGGUGUAGACAUCAGACACAGAGUACUCCCUCUUCCUCUAGGACAGACCUGAGAUGUUAGCAGCAGAAUCCUCCAUUAGUAUUAAAAGGAGGGAGUGAGAGAAAGACCAAUUCUGUCUGACCUAUUUUGUCCUUUCUUUUGUGACGGACCGGGGGGAUAGCUGUGAGGAAACGUUACUGUCGGAACACCUCGCUACACAGGGGGACGUCACGUCCAAGUCAUCUACUGUAACACUUGGCUAUAUACCGUGGGAACACCUCGCUACACAGGGGGACGUCAUGUCCAAGUCAUCUACUGUAACACUUGGCUAUAUACCGUGGCGGUACGGCAGCAAGUGGUUUACACACUGAUCCUUUGGUAGGAGGGAUAGUCUCAUCUGCCACCCCAGUGAUGUGUAUCUGUGGAACACUACCAAGACUGGUUUUCGACAUGACCUUUGAACUAUCCCCGUUUGAAAGACAGGUCAAAGGCCCAGUUCAGUUGAUGCUUGGGUAUUUUUUAUUUAUAUAUAUUUUUUUUUAUUUAACCUUUAUUUAACAAGGCAAGUCAGUUAAGAACAAAUUCUUAUUUACAAUGAAGGCCUACUCUGGUCCUGGGUCAAAGUUAGCUAGAAGAGAAGAGGCAGGAAGAGCUGGUCCUGGAACAGUGCUUUGGGGCUGAAGCCCCCUUAGCUAGAAGAGAAGAGGCAGGAAGAGCUGGUCCUGGAACAGUGCUUUGGGGCUGAAGCCCCCUUAGCUAGAAGAGAAGAGGCAGGAAGAGCUGGUCCUGGAACAGUGCUUUGGGGCUGAAGCCCUUAGCUAGAAGAGAAGAGGUAGGAAGAGCUGGUCCUGGAACAGUGCUUCGAGGUUGAAGCCCUUAGCUAGAAGUCUGACUCAAACAGAAUAAAACUGAUCUCAGAGAACUUUAAGAAGUUAAGAUGCAGAUAAAUACACACCGAAAUAUGUUACAGAUGCGAUAAACAUUUUUUGUUUAUAUUUUGUCUUGCCCAUUCACCCUCUGAAUGGCACACAUACACAAUUCAUAACUCAAUUUUAUCAAGGCUUAAAAAUCAUUCUUUACCCAUCUUACCCACCUAUUACCCAUCAGUAAUAGGGACUACUUCACCCUACUCCAACCUGCUCCUGUGGGAGUGGCCAGAUCCACCUGAAACACACCUGUCUGUCAGCUGAUCCAGGUGAUGAGGUGACUGACCAAUGAGGUGACAAGAGUGCCAAUCAAUGCUUCGAUAUGCUCUCUCAACGAGGUUUGAGACAGCUGUCCAGCAGAGGCAAUGGACACAUCAUUGAAGUCAGAGGAACCAUGUCCUAACCCUCCUCCCUACUCCCUACCAGUCCAGGGUAAAGGAGAUGACAUUAUCAUCUCUCCCUUCACUCCUCCACCUGGUGCUGUGGGUUGCAGCUACAUCAACCAGACCGCUACUGGUGUUGCUAGCCCCCCCAGACAGAGGGUUGUCCAGCACUAUGAGACAGAGCUGGGUGAUUCUCCUGGUCUCAUCAGAUGUCCUUCCUGUCAGAACCAGGUGAUGAGUGAUGUCACUCACCACGCUGGAACCUUCUCCUGGACCAUGUGUCUGGUGUUCAUCCUCUGUGGGUUGUUGCUAGGAUGCUGUCUGAUCCCGUUUUUCUUCAGGAGUUUCAAGGAUGCCCAUCACACCUGCCCUCGCUGUCGCAUGGUGCUUCACGUCCACAGGAAGAGCUGUUGCCCCAUGACCUCUGACCCCUGACCCUAGGCGGGAGGAGGGGUCACCCCGGUCACGCCUGAUAUGGGGGGGGGGGGG